AUGUUUUUCAUAUCUAUCUAUCUAUCUAUCUAUCUAUCUAUCUAUCUAUCUAUCUCAGUCUGUUCAUAUCUAUCUAUCUAUCUAUCUAUCUAUCUACAUAUCUGUCGCCUGGAUUUUGAAAUGAACAAUAUCCUCAUUCUGCUGUCCAUGUACAUAUCUAUCUAUCUAUCUAUCUAUCUAUCUAUCUAUCUAUCUAUCUAUGUCAGUCUGCUCAUAUCUAUCUAUCCAUCUAUGUCAGUCUGUUCAUAUCUAUCUAAAUCGGUCCAUUAUCUAUCUAUCUAUCUAUCUAUCUAUCUAUCUAUCUAUGUCAGUCUGUUCAUAUCUAUCUAUCUAUGUCAGUCUGUUCAUAUCUAUCUAAAUCGGUCCAUUAUCUAUCUAUCUAUCUAUCUAUCUAUCUAUCUAUCUAUCUAUCUAUCUCAGUCUGUUGAUUAUCUUUCUGUUCAUAUCUAUCUAUCUAUCUAUCUAUUACAGUCUCUUCAUUAUCUAUCUAUCUAUCUAUUACAAUCUCUUCAUUAUCUAUCUAUUACAAUCUCUUCAUUAUCUAUCUAUCUAUCUAUCUAUCUAUCUAUCUAUUACAUCCUCUUCAUUAUCUAUCUAUCUAUUACAGCAUCUUCAUUAUCUAUCUAUCUAUCUAUUACAGUCUCUUCAUUAUCUAUCUAUCUAUUACAGCCUCUUCAUUAUCUAUCUAUCUAUUACAAUCUCUUCAUUAUCUAUGUAUCUAUCUAUCUAUCUAUCAAUUACAGUCUCUUCAUUAUCUAUCUAUCUAUCUAUCUAUCUAUCUAUUGCAGUCUUUUCAUUAUCUAUCUAUCUAUCAAUUACAGUCUCUUCAUUAUCUAUCUAUCUAUUACAAUCUCUUCAUUAUCUAUCUAUCUAUCUAUUACAGCCUCUUCAUUAUCUAUCUAUCUAUCUAUCUAUUACAGCCUCUUCAUUAUCUAUCUAUCUAUCAAUUACAGUCUCUUCAUUAUAUAUCUAUCUAUCUAUCUAUCUAUUACAAUCUCUUCAUUAUCUAUCUAUUACAGCCUCUUCAUUAUCUAUCUAUCUAUCUAUCUAUCUAUUGCAGUCUUUUCAUUAUCUAUCUAUCAAUUACAGUCUCUUCAUUAUCUAUCUAUUACAAUCUCUUCAUUAUCUAUCUAUCUAUCUAUCUCUUGCAGUCUCUUCAUUAUUUAUCUAUCUAUCUAUCUAUCUAUCUAUUACAAUCUCUUCAUUAUCUAUCUAUUGCAGUCUUUUCAUUAUCUAUCUAUCAAUUACAGUCUCUUCAUUAUUUAUCUAUCUAUCUAUCUAUCUAUCUCUUGCAGUCUCUUCAUUAUUUAUCUAUCUAUCUAUCUAUCUAUUACAGUCCCUUCAUUAUCUAUCUAUCUAUGUAUCUAUUUAUCUAUCUAUUUAUUACAGUCCCUUCAUUAUAUAUCUAUCCAUCUAUCAAUUGCAGUCUCUUCACUAUCUAUCUAUCUAUCUAUCUAUCUAUCUAUCUAUCUAUCUAUCUAUCUAAAUCGGUUCAUUAUCUAUCUAUCUAUACAUAUCUAUCUAAAUCGUCUGUUCAUAUCUAUCUAUCUAUCUAUCUAUCUAUUUAAUAAUGAUAUUAAAUAUAUAUAA